AUGUCUCAAGACGAAGUUGGUGCCAACGGCUGGACCAGCACCCCUGCUGAUGCGGGAGCUAUUUUCGGCGACAAGCCUUACAUCAAUGAACCCGGUCCCUUAUCAAUCAAAGACAUCAAGUUUCCAUCGGAUGAUCCGAUCGUUGCAAAGACGGUCGACUAUGUCAAGGCUCGACUUCAUCCCGAGACGUUCAACCACUCGAUGCGAGUUUACUACAUCGGAAUGGCCAUCACGAAGCAGCAGUUCCCUGGACGGUAUGCUGUCGUGAACCCCUCCAGCUGGGCUCUCACGUGCCUCUUGCAUGAUAUCGGCACCGCCGAGGAGAAUCUCACUGCGACCCGCAUGUCGUUUGACAUUUAUGGCGGCAUCAAAGCUCUCCACAUCCUGAACGACAUUGGAGCUACCAAAGAUCAAGCCGAGGCAACCUCUGAAGCCAUCAUCCGCCAUGAAGACAUGGGGGUCGACGGAACUAUUACAUACUUCGGGCAGCUUAUCCAGCUCGCGACAACAUACGACAACACGGGAUAUCAUCCUCACGUCAAGGAUUUUGGCAAGAUGCUUCAUGAGUCUACUCGAGCCGAGAUCAAUGAGGCGCAUCCCAGACUGAAGUGGUGCACUUUCUUCUCUGGCACGAUUCGGAAGGAGGAGGAGAUUAAGCCCUGGUGUCAUUCGACCCACCUGGUCAACUUUGCCAAGGAGAUUGAAGAGAACACUCUCAUGAAGCAGUGGGAAUUCUAA